AAUGGUGCGACUAUGGUCGAUCGCGAAGGUGCGAAUCGGGAAAGUUUCGAAUGUCUACAGGGACGUGAGAGUUGGGAGACGAAGAUGGUUCACAAGCAGGGUGAUGAGCUUCGGGGACGGAAGCCAUGGCGCGCUGGGGAUGUCAGGCAUGGGAAUGGGAAUGGACGCUUACGAGCCUACUCUCAUUUCUAAUUUGCCUUCCGAUGUCUCCUUCAUAUCCGCCGGACACUACCAUUCCCUUGCGGUUACAUCCGGCGGUGAGAUUUGGGCUUGGGGUCGCAACGAGGAGGGGCAGCUCGGCCGAAUCGCUUCUAGGAGUUCAAGGAGUGAGCCGAAGAGAGUGGAAGGUCUAGAGAAUGUGAGUGUGCGGGCAGGAUUUGCGUCUGGAGUGAUUUCAACGGCGAUCGGAGAUGAUGGGUCUUUGUGGGUGUGGGGAAGAUCGAAAAGAGGACAACUUGGUCUUGGAAAAGGUAUCAUUGAAGCUCUAGUUCCUUCAAGAGUUGAAACUUUAGCUGAAGAACACAUCGUUAAGGUAUCAUUAGGUUGGGGACACGCACUUGCGCUUACUGUGGAUGGUAAAGUUUUUGGGUGGGGUUAUGUAGCUGAUGGACGAGUAGGCAAUGUCGGACUUCCACUUGAGCCAUCUCUGCUAGAUUCACUUACAAAUGGGUAUGAUGAUCAUCAGAAUCAUGAGGAUGCAGCUGAAAAGAAAGUUGAGGAAGCUAUGAAGAAGGAGAACAACAUGCCUAUAGCCUGGGAGCCUCGUCUGGUGGAAGAAUUACGUGAUGUGAAGGUAGCAGAUAUUGCGUGCGGGUCUGAUCACUCUUUAGUCCUUUGUCAUGAUGGCACUCUUUUGAGCUCUGGGAGCAACAUAUAUGGUCAGUUGGGUCGUCAGUCUAAGCAAGAGCUAGGAAUGUCACCUGUUGGUAUAACCGGAUCUCCAAUAUCUGUAGCAGCUGGUCUUGGUCACUCUUUAGCUAUCUGCAACAUCCAGUCAGAUUCUAACACAAGGAGGAUUGUCUCAUCAUGGGGUUGGAACCGGAGUCAGCAGCUUGGUAGGGGAAAACCAGAGAACGUGCCAAGAGAAGUGGAGGGUUUGGAUGGGGAAACUCCAGCUUCGUUAUCAGCAGGACGUGUGCAUUCCUUGUGUGUAACAGAGAAAGGAGAAGCUUGGGUUUGGGGUUGUGGAAAGAAUGGUAGGCUCGGUUUAGGAAGCUCCAUCGAUGAGCCUGAACCGAUGUUGCUGGAGGACGUUGAGGGUUGUGUUCUUCAAGCAGUUGCUGGGUUUGAUCACAGCUUCAUCUUAGUGACUAACUUAGAUGUUUGAGUUAUUAACACGACUUCUUCUUAUUUAACAACUGGAAAUGUUGCAUCGAAUUCUUUGUUGUUUGACAUCACUUUUGUAAAACCUGUAACACAGAAAAUUGCAGAGAAAUAAAUCAAAAACUCGAUCUCCAAGUGAGUUCUUUU